UGAACUGUGUGUCGCCCAGUUGCUAAGCUGCAGCGGAGGAGCAACCAGACUGUCAACAAGUUGUCAGCAAUCAGCGGCUGAGACGGAUUAACGUUAAACUUCAACCUGCUCUCCGCUCGUUACCGGCGGCGGACACACGGAGGUGGACCUCUGUCCCUGCAGCUCAGUGCAGACAGUAAAUGAGGAGCUGAUGUCUGAACCCGCUGAUGCCGACUGAACUUAAGGAAUAACUCUCAGCAGUGGUGCGCCAGUUCAAACACAGCAGCCAGUCUCCCAGUGUGACCAGUAUGGCUGCAGCCAGCACCACCAAGAUCUCAUGGAGACUGCAGGAGUUCGAGGCUCACUCCAGCACUGUUUCCUGUUUGGCUCUGGGGAAAAAAAGCGGCCGCCUGCUGGCCACAGGAGGAGAGGACUGCAGGGUCAACAUCUGGACUGUCAGCAAGGCCAACUGCAUCAUGAGUUUGACUGGUCACAAGAAUGCAGUGGAGUGUGUCCAGUUCACCUCAUCAGAGGAGCAGGUCGUCACCGGCUCACAGUCCGGAUCAAUACGAGUCUGGGACCUGGAGGCUGCCAAGAUUUUAAGGACUUUGAUGGGACACAAAGCCAACAUCACUAGUCUGGGCUUCCAUCCGUUUGGAAACUUCCUCGCCUCGAGUUCCAUGGACACAAACAUCAAGCUGUGGGACGUUCGGAGGAAAGGUUAUGUGUUUAGCUACAAGGGUCACACUCAGGCGGUGAGGAGUCUGGCCUUCAGUCCAGACGGGAAGUGGUUGGCUUCAGCCAGCGACGACUGCACCGUCAAGCUGUGGGACCUGAUUCAGGGGAAGACCAUCACAGAGUUUAAAUCUCACACUGCAGCCGUCAACAUCGUCCAGUUUCACCCCAACGAGUACCUGCUGGCAUCAGGCAGCUCCGACAGGACCGUCAAGCUGUGGGAUCUGGAGAAGUUCACCAUGAUCGGCUCGUUGGAGGGAGACACGUCUCCGGUCAGGUGUGUGUUCUUCAGCUCAGACGGCAGCUGUCUGUACAGCGGGGCCACAGACUCUCUGAGGGUCUUUGGCUGGGAGCCCAACCGCUGCUUCGACGUGGUGCCGGUGGGCUGGGGGAAAGUCUCUGACCUGGCGGUCUGCAACCAUCAGCUGAUCGGCGUGUCUCACCAGCUCUCCACUGUGUCUGCCUACGUGGUCGAUCUGAAGCGGGUGAAGAAGAACGGCGGUUCUGUGAUUCAGGGGAUCAUCCAGGACAACCAGCCGCUCACUGAACCCAAAGAUCCCAAAGGAGCUGCGCUCCGCCGCAACUACGACAGACCCACGACCACCUGCAGUGCACAUAGGGUGAAGCAGAGUUCAGAUGCUGAUAGGCGGAGCCCCGAAGGCGAAAGGCGGAGCCCCAGUGAGGACGAGGCGGACGAGAAAAUGUCGUCAGCUGAAAUCCACAACGCAGAAGACUUUAAGGAGAUUUUCCAACCCAAGAACGUCAUCUCUCGAACUCCUCCGAAGAUCUCGGAGCCUUUUCCUGCUCCUCCAGAGGAUGAAACUAUAUUAGCGAUCGGCCGUCAGAUGAAGGACAUGAUAACGUCUUUUCCCAACAAGCACCAGGCUCCUUUGGCCUCCUCCACACCUGUCCAGAGGGUGGAGCCUACAGUGGUUUCCUGUGCAAAGCGCCCCGCCCCCUCAGCUGUCAGCCCGGUGCCCUCAAACCCCCCCACCUCCGGCCCGCCUCCUCCUCCUCAUCCUCAGCCUUCCGUUACCACAGCGAAGUCUAAACCACAACCGAAAAUUAUCCUCAGCACCAGGAACGAGCCUAUCGGACUCAACGUGGCUGACUUCCUGCCCUCUUCCCCCAACAACAGAGGCGGAGCUCUGAGUGACGAGGAGGCUCUGUCUCAGAUCAAGAAGGGUCACGACACCAUGUCUGUGAUGCUGAGCAGCCGACACAAGAACCUGGAGACAGUCCGAGCCGUGUGGGCCCGAGAGGACAUCAAGAGCGCUCUGGACACUGCCGUCUCCAUGAAUGACCUGUCAAUCGUUGUGGACAUCCUCAACAUCAUCAACCUUCAGCCGUCUCUGUGGAAACUCGACCUGUGCACGACCAUUCUUCCUCAGAUUGACGAACUGCUGCAGAGUAAAUACGAGAGCUACCUGCAGACUGGCUGCACGUCUCUGAAGCUGAUCAUGAAACAUUUCUGGAUGCUGAUCUCAGACACGCUGAAGGCGGCGCCCUCCGUCGGAGUCGACAUCACACGAGAGGAGCGGCACAACAAGUGCAGAGCGUGCUGCAAGCAGCUGAAGAAUCUGAGCAACAUGGUGAAGAACAAGGCGGCGCAGGUCGGCCGUCACGGCAGCGCCUUCAAAGAGCUGCAGCUGCUCAUGGCGCCGCUCGACGACUCGCUCUGAGACAGGCCGACAGUUUCUACUGAUGACAUCAUCUCUGGACAGAUCAGCUGACACGCAGCAGGACAGACAGACAGACAGACAACACUAACCCUUCUCGGUCAGUCUGGUGUGAGGAGGAGAAGAACAGUGUUAUUUAAAGACGUUAAUCUUGUUCUCUAAAGAACACACUGGCUGGACGCUGCUCUGCUCUGCUGAGUGACUCAACGUCUCAACGUAGUGUCCGUCAACUGCUGGAACAUUAGGAGCAGACACAGAUGAGGAGGAGGAGGAGGAGGAGGAGGAGGAGGUGUGGAUUGUGAAUCUCAGCUGAACUGACACUAAAAGACAAUCAGCACAGGUGUGGACGCUCUCAGGACGCCACAGAAAACCGCCAUCUGACCUCCAAACUGAGACUCAACACUGACUGAACUCUGAGUGAAACAACAAGCUGAGAACAAAUUCAUGUCAAAGGACUGGUUAGAUAUUUACUGACAGUAAGAGGAAAUUAAAUCCACCAUCCUAAGCUAACAGGCUGCUGGCUGAACAUACAGGUAUCAAUGUGAACAUCUCCCUCUGUCAGAAAGUAAAUGUCAAACUACUCCUUUAAUGUCUCUGCACUGGGUCGAGUCUUUAAAACCAGACAUGUUGUUAAUGUGUGUGUCUGCUCUCAGGUUGUUGACUAAUGAACUGUUCUGAGGUCAGAGGACACCAGAGGGGAUAUAAAGAAGAAACACAUUUAGACCAUCACAGACGAUGUUCAAAUACUGUCACUUUCCUUUUCUACUUUCUCUGCUUUUCAGACAACUAGGCCCCUCCCCUUUUACAAUGUACUGUUCUUACUGUUUAUUUAAAUAAAGUUGUACAUGUUGGAAU